CCGGGCUCGGCGGGGCCGCCGGGGCCGCCUGAAGGCCACCGUUCCAAGGACACGCGGCCGCCCGCUCCUCGCACGCCGCGCACCAGACGCCGCCCGCGGCCGAGCCGAGCAGGCGGGCGCAGCCUGGGCGGGCGCGGGCGAAGGGGUGGCGGGAGGGCGGGCGCGCGGGAGGCGGCCCCUCCUCGGCGAGCCAUGCGUGCCGCGGGCCGCUGAGGAGCCGCCGAGCGCCGCUGCCCAGACUCCGCUCCGCUUUUGUCUUGCCCUCCAGUGAAUGGGAAGAUGGAGAUGGAUGUUGCGGGAGUUUCUCCGCGCCCGGAGCCCAUCCCCCGCUCCCAGGGGGCUGGCGGAGCCUGCCAGGCGCCGCCACCGCCGCCCCAGCCCCAACCUCAGCCGCAGCCCCAGCCCCAACCCCAGCCGCAGCAGCAGCAGCAGCAGCAGCAGCAGCAGCAGCAGCAGCAGCAGCAGCAGCAGCAGCAGCAGCAGCAGCAGCAGCAGCAGCUGGCUCAGGAUGAACUGCCCGACCCGAGUGCAGGCGCUGAGGACAGCGACGAUCCGGAGGCGAGACCCAACGGCGAGAAAGGAGAGAGCAAGAGAUCCUCAGCAAGCAAGUCUUCAAGUACUCCUUCCUUCAGUAGAUGGUCCAGUUCACAGCCCCAUCAGUCUAGCUCCACAGUGAGAGCCUAUCAGACCAGUAAGUCACGAGUGACCAUGAGCCCUGGCUUCAGCUCGCAUUGGAACAGCAGCCAACCAGCCUGGAAUACAUACUCCUUUCCAAGAGCAAGCUUGCACUACCAGUCGCAUGCCAGCUAUACCUAUUGUACUGGACAUCCUGCUGCAUUUUAA